AUGGAAGCUGGUGCGGUGGUUGCAGUUACUGAUAUCGUCCCGCAGCCUGACCAGGAGUUCAUAUAUCUCCAGGCAGAGAUGCCCGGCCGUUUGCACUACUAUCCUUGCGAUGUUACAAGCAGAGAACAGCUAGUGCAUGCGUUUGACCAGAUAUUCCAUAAUCAUCAAGGAGUGGAUGGGAUUAUUACUGCAGCAGGAAUAUGCAUCGACAAGCCCUUCCUCGAGCACACUUGGGAGGAUAUCCAGCGGCAACAGGCCGUUAAUGAAACUGGAACGUUCUUUGCAAUCCAGCAGACGGUCCGAAAGAUGAAGGAACAGGGCACAAAGGGCAGUAUUGUCAUGAUCUGCUCCCAGACAGCACAGCAUGUCUCACCGGGCCACCAGCUCACCGCGUACGCCGGAAGCAAGGGCUUCGUCUGGUCAUUCGCGCGGAAUCUAGCACAUGAACUUGCUUCUGAUGGAAUUAGGGUUAAUACUAUUUCCCCAGGCUAUAUCGCCACGGCGAUGAAUCUGAGUAUCGCAGCACGCCGUCCAGAUCUCCAUCGGAUUUUUAACGAGGCACCGCCAAUGGGAAGGAUGGGACGACCGGAGGAUCUGAAGAUGGCUGCGUUGUAUUUGCUCGGUGAAGGGUCGGCAUACGUUAGUGGCUUAGAUUUGGUAGUUGACGGGGGAAUGAGCGUUACUUCUGGUACUUUCAAGUCUAUUCUAUAA